UAAAUAUUGUGGCACUACUGUUUUGUGAGGGUCAUAUAAAAAGUGAUUGUAAGUCUGACGUUGAAGGUGUACGUAGGCGUGUACAAUGACUCAGUAUGAACUAUAAAAACUGUGGAAAGACAGGAACAGGCAAGUCACAAAGUAACAGCAUGGAGAAGUCUAAUGUUCUACGAGAAGGAUUCUUGGUCAAACGGGGCCAUCUUGUUCAAAAUUGGAAGGCACGAUGGUUCAUUUUGAUGCCUGACAAACUGCUGUAUUAUAAAUAUGAAGGAGGGAGAAGGGAUUCCAGUCAAAGAGGGAAAAUACUGUUAAAAGGGUGCCAGAUCACAUGCCCUUUUCUGGAAUAUGAAAAUCGACCGUUGGUUUUGAAGAUUGUGACAAAGACUGGUGUGGAGCACUUUCUAGAGGCAUGUUCACGGGAGGAGAGGGACGUUUGGGCAGCAGACAUUAUGGCUGCAGUGGAGAGGCUGAACUCAGAGCACAGUGGGACAGUGGACACUGUCCCUGAUCCAGAAGAGAUGAGGCUGCACCAUAUUGAUCUGAGUAAAGUGCUGGACUCCAUGUACGAUGUCCACAGUGGGAUAAACAUGAGCUGUCACAUGGAGCAGGGAAACACCUACAAGAACUGCUUCUCUGGCUCUGCGGUGGUGGACUGGCUGGUGUUCAUGCAGUUCUCCCUGUCCCGGGUGGAGGCAGUGACUCUGGCCUCAGCUCUGCUGGAGGAGGGCUUUCUGCGCACUGUGGGUCUGAGGAGCUCUGAGGCACUCAGAACAGCCGGACCCAGCCAACAGCUCAUCGACGACUCUACCGCCCUCUACAGCUUUAGUGACAGCCUGAAGAAGCGUGGCAGUGUGAAAGCUGAGACGUCUCUGUCAGCUGUGGAGCUCAGCGGGAAAGUGGUGAAGAGAGGCUACCUGCUCAAACAGGGACACAGAAGGAAAAACUGGAAAGUGCGACUGUUCGUGCUGCGUUCAGAGCCGGCCUUCCUCCACUACUAUGACCCCACCAGAUAUGACAUCAGCCCAGUCGGAGGAUUCUCACUCAGAGGCUGUUUAGUGUCUGCACUGGAGGACAAUGGAGUUCCCUCAGGUGUAAAAGGCAACAUUCAAGGAAACCUGUUUAAAAUCAUCACUCAGUCGGACACUCAUUACUUCAUCCAGGCUCCAACACAUCAGGAGAAGAUGGACUGGAUCGACGCCAUCAGAGAACAAACAUAAACAAAAACAACAAGAAAACAUACUGUAACAUUUCAGCUUCCCGUUAUUGGUGACAUUUUGAGGACUUUUCAUUAUUCACACAAUGUUUUGUUUAAAGUUGUUAUUUGAUAUGGCGGCGGUCCUAAGUUUUCAACAUCCUGAUACUCAUGGAUUCACAGGGUUUGGCACAAAGUUUAUCCAAAGUAGCACUGCUUAUUUAUAGAAUCCCAGAUUAUCUUGAAAUAUGAGCACUUUUUGAUGAUAUCUAUU